AGGAAAUCAAGCAUCAUGAGUUCAGAUACAGAUAUAAACAAAAGUGUCUCCCCGACUGCGGAGGAACAGCCAGAUGAACCUGAUGGCCCCCUUCCUGGCUCAGCCAGUGACCAGGAAAACAAAGUAAGAUUAUCUCCAGUCAAAAUGUCAACCAAGAACUCUACAGAUCUAGUUGAAUAUGUUGACAAGGGUCACUCUUUCCUUCCUGUCAUUCCAAACACCCAGAGAAGUCAGAUAGAAGACAAACUGCACAGCCAGGAGUGCACCAUAGCUUUCCUCCUUGAGCAAGCUUUCCGCAUCAAAGAGGACAUCUCUGCUUGUCUUCAGGGGACCCAAGGCUUUCGAAAAGAGGAGCUGCUUGCCAGGAAGUUACUGGAAAACCAUAUCCAGACCAUCACCAGCAUCGUCAAAAAUCUCAGCCAAAACAUUGAGAUUUUAGAAGACCAAAUAAGAGUCCGAGACCAGGCGGCCACAGGGACUAAUUUUGCAGUACAGGAGCUGAACAGCAGACACCUUCAAGGAGUCGGAGACCUUCGAGGAAGAGUAGCCAGAUGUGAUGCCAGCAUUGUGAAGCUUUCUGGAGACAUUCAUUUCAUCAGGCACGAGUACCGGCAAAUUGAAAAUACGAUUCAAGAGCUCAUAUCUUCCCUAGAAAAUGUUUCUAAGAACUUGGAUAUGAAGGUAAUGCAGCUCUUAGGAAAGAUAGAGGCUUCCAAUUCUGAACAAACCUCAAAUUUAAAGAUGGUCCAAGGGGAUUAUCGCCUUGAAAUGAACCUUUUGGAGUUCAAACUGAAUUCACUUUCAAAUAAUCUGUAUGAGGAAGUGGAGAAAAAUCAAAAAAAGACAGAAAGCCAGCUCAUCAAAUACGAGAAAGACCAGCUGGGCCACAUGAACUCGUGUCUGAAGCUCCUGCAGGAGAAACUGGAAAAGUCUGAAAAUAAAAUGGAAGAGAAAUUACUGCAGCUUUCAAGCAAAUUAGAGAAUUUCAUUAACACGCACAAACAUGAUGCAGAACUAAGCAAAGUUAAGCACAUAGAAAACAAACUGAGUAAAAAGAUGAGCCAACUGGAAAAGCACAUCUGGGAUGAAAUAGAGAAAAUGCAGAGUGAAUAUCAAUCAGGAUUUAAAUCAAUUCAUGACUCUCUCAGCUCCCUCCAACAAAUACAGAAAACAAAGAUGGAUUUAGAGAUACAUAAAGUACACAAAGACCUAAAGAAAUUACACCGUAAGAUAGUUGAUCUCCAGGAAGUGUGAAACUUUCCAGUCUUCUUUUUUACCAGCCAAUGGAGUGGUGUGUUGAUAAAAGUUGGGAAGAAGAAAGUUAAUAUCUAAGAUAUUUAUUGCUUCCUCUGUCUCUGUAUUUCUUACCACCUUUUUAAAGGAGAUGAAUGUAUUAAAAAAAAUCCAAUAAAGCAAAGAAGCUUUA